GAGCGCUCCAGACGAGGUUCCCCUUUUCUCCGUGUGAGUUCCACACCUGCAACUUCCACGUUAGCGUUUGUUUCUGUUGCUUCUGGUGGCCUGUGGUCAAUUGGAGAACGCACGCCUUAUGCCAGACAAUUCGGCUUUGAGACAAGUUUCUAAGUGGAGGUUUUAAGAAUGCAUCCACACCGAAUGAUCCCAGUGGAAGAGUCUAGAAGAAAUAUUUCCCCAAUUACGUGAGACUGUAUCGCUUUGUGUCAGUGACACUUAAGGGUUGUUGACAUUUAUCUAGAACUCUUGUUGACAUUCCUUGUUCUUCGUUUGUUUGCUAGUUGUAACUAGUUGUAACAAGUUGCAACAAUAAGAAAUCGAGUGUUUCUUCGUAAGUAAGCUCUUAAAAAUGACUGGGUCUCAAGGAGAUGGGACUACCGCAAAUGACGAGCCUCAAGACGCAAAAAGUGAACUUUCUGCUUUUGGAGUCAGAGACACUAGUAGUGAAUAUAGUAUAUCUAGUAUGUCUGCACAAAGCACUGGUGAUGAAUGCUUCCGAUCCCCAUGUCAUGCUGAGAACAGCAUGGCUCGAAUGGAAUCUUAUUUACAGCUUGGACAGCUCACAGAUGUUGUGCUUAUUGCCGGUACUAAACGCAUUCCUGCUCACCGAUUAAUUCUGAGCGCUGGAUCUGAAUAUUUCUCUGCAAUGUUUACAAAUGGACUGAGAGAAACAAACCUAAGUGAGAUAGAACUUCAAGAUGUUGAUGGCUCUGCUUUGAAUGCCCUGGUGCAAUAUUGUUAUACAGGGCGAGUGGAACUCAGGGAGGAUACUGUUGAAACUCUGCUGGCAACAGCUUGCCUCCUUCAGCUCCCAGCAGUGGUCACAGCAUGCUGUAACUUUCUCCGGAGACAACUUCACCCAUCAAACUGUAUUGGUAUCUGUCUAUUUGCUGAUCAACAGGGGUGUGCUGAUCUCCAACAAGCUGCUCAUGCAUAUACUACUGAACAUUUCAUGGAAGUUGUUCGUAACCAGGAGUUCCUGCAGCUUUCUCCUGAACAGGUCUCUAAACUUCUUGCCUCCGAUGAUCUCAACGUUCCAAAUGAAGAGGCUGUCUUUCUUGCUUUAAUGGGAUGGUUGAAACAUGACUUAACUAGUAGAAAGAAUGACCUGGGAAACUUACUUGCGUAUGUGAAACUCCCACUACUGCCUCCCUCAUUUAUUGCAGAUCACAUUGAAACCAACCCCAUGUUCAAGGACAUCCGUGCUUGCCAGGACCUCAUUAUGGAGGCACUUAAAUAUCAUCUCCUACCUGAAAGGAGGCCCCUUUUACAAUCUGCUAGAACUCAUCCUCGCAAGUCAACAGUAGGAUCUUUGUAUGCUAUUGGCGGGAUGUAUGCGAAGAAAGGAGCCACCAACAUUGAAAGGUAUGACUUACGAUCAGAUUCUUGGCAUCAUGUUGAUGAGAUGAAUGGACGCCGUCUUCAAUUUGGUGUUGCUGUAGUGGAUGGAAAAGUUUUUGUUGUUGGUGGUAGAGAUGGUCUAAAAACAUUAAAUAGUGUAGAAUGCUAUGACCCCAAUACAAAGACGUGGGCAACACUUCCAUCAAUGUCAACUCAUCGUCAUGGCCUAGGUGUUGGAGUAUUAGAGGGUCCUUUGUAUGCUGUUGGUGGGCAUGAUGGAUGGAGUUACCUCAAUACUGUUGAAAGGUGGGAUCCUCAGGCUUGUCAGUGGAGUUAUGUGGCUCCAAUGUCUUCUCAACGGUCGACCGUUGGUGUGGCUGUCUUGAACAACAAAUUGUAUGCAGUUGGGGGCAGAGAUGGGUCUUCAUGUUUACGUUCGGUUGAAUGUUAUGAUCCACAUACGAAUAAGUGGGUAGCAUGCUCUCCAAUGGCUAAAAGAAGGGGUGGUGUUGGAGUUGGUGUUGCGAAUGGUUAUUUGUAUGCAAUGGGAGGCCAUGAUGCACCUGCUUCAAAUCCCUCUGCUUCUCGUUUUGAUUGUGUUGAAAGAUAUGAUCCAAAAACUGAUACAUGGACAAUGGUUGCAUCUAUGAGCAGUGGUAAAGAUGGCAUUGGUGUGAUACUGUUUGGGGAUAAGCUCUUCAGUGUUGGAGGCUACGAUGGACAUCAUUAUAAGACUUCAGUGGAGGUGUAUGACCCUCAGACCAAUGAGUGGUCUCAGGCCGCAUCGCUCAAUACUGGACGUGCUGGCACCUGCCUUGUUGUCUGGAAAAACUAAGGUGAGUUAUAUUUUUACUGGUAUUUCAACCAUUUAGGACUGGGGCCAAAAAUAUAAAUAAAAAAAAUGUAAAAAUAAGAAAUGUUGAAUGCAGAGUAUUACCAUGUUAUGGGAGGUAGAUUAAUUAUCUCUACCUGCAUGACAAUUUCUGUAAACCACUGAGUUUUGUUCACACGCACUCAGCUUCAUGGUGAUGUUUAAGAAUUACCUCUCCAUAAAAAUACAUUCUUCUUUUGUUACCAAUUACUUGAAGACAAAUUUGUAUUCAGUUACUAUAUUAAGUUUUAUUUUUGUUUUUUGGAGUUUUAAAGAAAUAUAAGUAUCUAUCUAACACUUGUAGCUCUAAUGACAGUCAUGAGAGGAGAGGACCUUCUUUCUUAUGCUUUAGUACAUACAUAGAAGCAAAGAAUGGUAACAAGAUUCGAAAUGUACAGUUUGGUUUAGUUUUGUUAGCACAUGCUAACGUACAUUAGCAUAUUUAAUUUCUUAUGUACGUAUCUAGAUGGGCAUAAUUUUAACUAUUUUAGCCACUUUUGAUUCAUUACUACAAUGAGUGCACUUUUUAUUUGAUAAUAGACUCGGUAAAUGAUAAGGUGACAGCAAUAAUCUCAACUUUAAACGUCAUUUACUCUCUUCCAAAUCCAAGAAAUCAGAAAACAUAGUUUUGAUAACCACUGCCCUGAAAUGAGUUAUUAGAUAACUUUCCAAUUCUGUGCAUUCUGUACUUGUGAUUUUGUUUUUUCCUAUUAAUAUGACAGUCUGUACUUCUGUCACAUCAGAAAUUCCAGAUUUUAAAACUGUGAUUUAGUUGUAGUAAAACUUUGUUUGUGUAAUGUUGAGAGAGACUUCUAGUUUGCCUUCUUUUGCAUUCUACUUUUGUGCUUGCCAGAUAAACAUGCUGUUCUGCCAGUUCAGACAACAGAGUUGUUAGAAAAUUACAAAUUUUUUUUCCUCCGACUGAGCAAACACUGUGUUUUAUUUUAAUUUGAGAUUACACUAUUUAUUCGCACAAUUGUUCCCAGCGGACCUGCGGACAUAGGUUUGUCAAAAUGGUUUUAAACUGAGAUAAAGUCAAAUUUUUAGAUAUUUUUUAAUGUUUGGAUGAUGGUUGGAAUUAAUUUAAAUUUCCAAUUGGCCGGUGAAAAAUGUUGUUCAACAGCUGCUCUUUUUUUACUCAAUAUCUGCUUCCGGCUCAAACAAUUAAAUGUUUUUCUGCCCAUCUCCAUUUCUAAGUCUUUAGCAACCUAAGUAGGUGGACUUUGUAAGUUUUACUGUUACUGACGAAUGGUAUUUCUCAGUAUUUGGACCAAACACAUUUUUUGUGAUUGAAUUUUUGUCUGUUUAACUGGAAGGUAUUUUAUCAUCUCUUGCAAUCUCAUGCAUACAUUCUUUCUUAUUAUGCAUUUAACAUGUAUCUGGCAGUAUUGAAUUGUGUGUUUAUUCUUUUAAGUUGUUUUUUUUUCUUCUUUGUACUUAUAUAUGAGCAAAAUGCUAAUACUCAAUAGGUAUUCAAACAGCUUUGUAUCAGUCUGAUUCAUAUUCGAUGAUGGAAUGCAGAGUGUGUCUGGAGGAUGUGGGUGUUGUCUGUCCAUGGUGAUCUUUAAAGUUUGUUAAAAAUGAAAGUUUUAUUACUAAAAUAUAAGUUGUAAGCUGAAAAUGUAAAACAUUGAAGAUGGCAUGUA